CUGCUGAACUUGUUCACCCGGUUUGAUAAAGAAGGGUAAAGCCCUAAGAAGGGUAAAGCCCUGCGCAUGGGACAAGGUACCCCGAUCGCUCAUGAAAUCACCACAUCGCGCGACAACGACGCAUCCACCCAGCCGACCUGCCAGCUGACCAGGACUUUCGAGAUACUAAAGCCGCAAGCCUAAGUUAGCAGAACUCGGCACUGCCGACAGACCAGCAGCGCAGGUGCCCGAAGCUUGCGAACAUAAAGAAGAAGAGGGGGGACCAGAUCUCACAGUCGCUUCGGCGCACCGUGUCCGACCACUGCCCACCCAAGUCGGUCUCAAAUGUAUGCGGGACCGCGAGAUAAUAUAGAAGAGCAACGGAAUUGGCAAGCGAAAGCGUCGAGUUUGAAUAUCUUCAAGCGGCUGCGGACGUCCAGCGCUGGGCGGCCGCAAAGCUAUCAUACUGUGAAUGGAAUUGCGACGAGGAGGAACGAUACAGCAUGGUAUUGGAGACUUGUGGCGGUAGCGUCCUCGUUCAUGAUACUGGGAGGUUUCCUUAUGCUUCCUACGACAUUUGAUCGUGACCCUCAGACACGCAUAUCUCAAGCUGUCAUUGGCAUAUUUGCUGUGGCCUUGCUCGCAGCCGGCAUUUCCUUCACGGCUUUGCUAUGUUUUGCAGUGCGAAGCCCUGAGUUUCAGGCAGACAACGUGUUCCUCCCAGCAUUCACGUCUUGUUCAAUCGGAUUACUCACAGUGCUCUACAACUUCACAGUCUUCCGCCGAUACCAUUGGAAUACUCCUGCGCUUUUGGUCACCGUGUGUGCAGCCGUCGGCACGAUUCUGUACGGAGGACUACUUGUGUGGACGCAGAGGAAAGUCGGUGCUGCAAAGACAAGGACCCAACAGCAGCAACUGCCCGUGCCAAUGACACACUUGCCUUCAGAGAGUCAGACAGCGCUCACGCAAGAGCAGAUGUACCAGCAAAAUUACAAUCGCAACAUGUUCCCGACCGCAUAUUCCCGCGAAGGGCCACCUGCCACUCCCAACACCGGCUACGAUCCCGAAUCCAUUACAGAGGAGGAAAUGCAACGACAGCAGAUGCUCAUGCUACUGUUAAACAAGGAUACACCCUCAGUUGCAGACACGUCAUCCAGCACAUUCCGCAUAGACUGGCAAGGUCGAGAAGAGGAGGAUACUCCAGCCGGCGGGUGGUAUGCGCCACAGUCAAGCGCUUCUUCUGCAUACCCCCAAUCAGCCUUUCCUACGCCCGGCAUCUCAAGGCAAGGCACAAAUGAACUCCGGCCCUGGGAUGGAGUGUGGAGAGAAGUACGGCAGCCCCGAAGUCAAGAUCUCAGAGAAGCGAGGAGGAGGGAGAUUGAGGAGAGCAGCAGGCGUUCAUGAGAACGUAAUGUUUAAUUCUGCUUGGCGUAUGGGCGUACAGAGCUUGUGAUAUACCCUCUGUAGAAGUGCUAAAGGCUGUGGUUAUAUAUCUGUGUAAAUAUAAUUAUGAUUGAAGCAUAUAGCAUCAGAGAUGACCGUGCCGAAUGAGAUCUGUCCCGAGCUGGUAAAUUACGAAACCUGACUGUGGUGAGCAAGCCUGGCCCGUACUCAAAGACCGCCGAUGAUUGUUCUUGUCUCAUACACAAACACAAUGUGUGUAGCCAGCUCAAGAUCUGCCAUGGGGAGUUCGAAGACCGAGCG